UUUUCCCGCGCAAUUCGCACGCGUCCACAACAAAAGAUCGCAAGCGCAAAAAACACAGAUUCCUGGAGAACUCCGAGCACAACAGACGCGCAGACGACAUGGACAAUCCCAGCUCACCGCCGCCAAAUACGCCCAGCGACGCCGCCGCCGAGCGUCGCGAGAUGCGAGCGGCGAUGACGUCGCCGGUGGGUGACUUCGAGCCGUUUGAGAACGAGGAUGAGAUUCUGGGGGAUCAGACGGUGCGCGACGAGGCGGAGGAGGAGGAUGGCGAGGAGCUGUUCGGGGACAACAUGGAGAACGACUACCGACCCAUGCCGGAGCUGGAUCACUACGAUCCGGCGAUGCUGGACGAUGAGGAUGACUUCUCGGAGAUGUCCCAGGGCGAUCGCUUUGCCGCUGAGUCGGAGAUGCGCCGCCGCGAUCGAGCAGCCGGAAUCCAUCGCGAUGACCGUGACCUUGGCUUCGGGCAGUCGGACGACGAGGACGAUGUGGGACCGCGGGCCAAGCGACGUGCAGGCGAAAAGGCGGCCGUGGGCGAGGUGGAGGACACCGAGAUGGUAGAGUCCAUCGAAAAUCUGGAGGACACCAAGGGCCAUUCCACCAAGGAGUGGGUGAGCAUGUUGGGACCGCGCACCGAGAUCGCCAAUCGCUUUCAGUCUUUCCUGCGCACCUUUGUGGACGACCGUGGCGCGUACACUUAUCGCGAUCGCAUCCGUCGGAUGUGCGAGCAGAACAAGUCGUCGUUCGUCGUCUCCUACACGGAUUUAGCCAACAAGGAGCACGUCCUGGCCUACUUCCUGCCGGAGGCUCCGUUCCAGAUGCUCGAAAUCUUCGACAAGGUGGCCAAGGAGAUGGUUCUGUCCAUCUUCCCCACCUACGAGCGUGUAACCACCGAGAUCCAUGUGAGAAUAUCGGAGCUGCCGCUGAUCGAGGAGCUGCGCACGUUCCGGAAGCUGCAUCUGAAUCAGUUGGUGCGCACCUUGGGCGUGGUGACCGCCACCACGGGCGUCAUGCCGCAGCUGUCUGUGAUCAAGUACGACUGCGUCAAGUGCGGCUAUGUGCUGGGUCCCUUUGUCCAGUCGCAGAACACUGAGAUUAAGCCGGGCUCCUGCCCCGAGUGCCAGAGCACCGGACCCUUCUCCAUCAACAUGGAGCAGACGCUGUACCGCAACUACCAGAAGAUUACGCUGCAGGAGUCGCCUGGCCGCAUUCCCGCUGGCCGCAUUCCGCGCAGCAAGGACGUCAUACUGCUGGCCGACCUGUGCGAUCAGUGUAAGCCGGGCGAUGAACUGGAGGUCACUGGCAUCUAUACGAACAACUACGAUGGCUCGCUGAACACGGAUCAGGGAUUCCCUGUUUUUGCCACAGUAAUUAUUGCCAACCAUGUGGUUGUCAAGGACUCGAAGCAGGUGGUUCAGUCGUUGACGGACGAGGACAUUGCCACGAUCCAGAAGCUGAGCAAGGAUCCUCGCAUUGCUGAGCGCGUGGUGGCCUCCAUGGCACCUUCAAUUUACGGACACGAUUACAUUAAAAGGGCUCUGGCCCUGGCUCUUUUCGGUGGCGAGUCCAAGAAUCCUGGCGAGAAGCACAAGGUUAGGGGCGACAUCAAUCUGCUGAUUUGCGGAGAUCCGGGAACGGCCAAGUCGCAGUUUCUCAAGUACACGGAAAAGGUGGCACCACGGGCGGUCUUCACCACGGGCCAAGGAGCCAGUGCCGUGGGUCUUACCGCCUACGUUCGCCGGAAUCCCGUCUCGCGGGAGUGGACCUUGGAGGCGGGCGCCCUCGUCCUCGCCGAUCAGGGAGUCUGCCUGAUCGAUGAGUUUGACAAGAUGAAUGACCAGGACCGCACCUCGAUUCACGAGGCCAUGGAGCAGCAGUCCAUCUCGAUUUCGAAGGCUGGCAUCGUUACCUCCCUGCAGGCGCGCUGCACUGUGAUUGCUGCGGCCAAUCCCAUUGGCGGACGCUACGAUCCCUCGAUGACGUUCUCGGAGAACGUGAAUCUCUCGGAGCCCAUUCUCUCCCGUUUCGACAUCCUGUGCGUGGUCAAGGACGAGUUCGAUCCGAUGCAGGACCAGCAGCUGGCCAAGUUCGUGGUCCACUCGCACAUGAAACACCAUCCCAGCGAGGAGGAGCAGCCGGAGCUGGAGGAGCAGCAGCUGAAGACCGUGGAGGACAUUCCACAGGAUCUGCUGCGCCAAUACAUUGUCUACGCCAAGGAGAACAUACGGCCCAAGCUGACGAACAUCGACGAGGACAAGAUCGCCAAGAUGUACGCCCAGCUGCGCCAGGAGUCCUAUGCCACUGGAUCGCUGCCCAUUACGGUGCGUCACAUUGAGAGCGUCAUCCGGAUGUCUGAGGCCCACGCUCGCAUGCACCUGCGCGAGAACGUCCUGGAGGCGGACGUCAGCAUGGCCAUUCGCAUGAUGCUGGAGAGUUUCAUCGAGGCGCAGAAGUUCAGCGUAAUGAAGAAGAUGCGCAACACAUUCCAGAAGUACCUGGCCUUCCAGAAGGACCACUCCGAGCUACUCUUCUUUAUUCUGCGCCAGCUGACGCUCGAUCAGCUUGCCUACAUUCGCUGCAAGGACGGACCCGGGGCCACGCACGUGGAGAUUAUGGAGCGCGACCUUAUCGAGCGAGCCAAGCAGCUGGACAUAAGCAACCUGAAGCCGUUCUACGACUCCGAUCUGUUUCGCACCAACGGUUUCUCCUACGAUCCCAAGCGCCGUAUCAUCCUCCAAAUCGUGGUCGAUGGCAACACCGCCUAAGUCCGGGCUCUCCUCAUGGCGUCCAUUAUUCCAUUAUCUCAUUUAGUUGUAGAAAGGUCGCAUCUAUCUUUUGUUACCCCCACAUUCAGUUUAAUAUUGGAUUAUUUUUAUAUUUAUGUUUAAUAAAUUUAACAUUUUCAGUAAAA